AGUCUAGAGUUGUAAGCUAUCUUAUUAUCCUGGUAGAAUGUCAUCAAUUUGCGAGCUUGCUUAUUACCCCAUCUUACUUCAACCGGAGGACCUCAUUUACGACCCUCUAGACACUAGACAUGACGAUAGAACUAGCCAACGAUACUUCCCUCAAGGUGAAGAAAUCCAAAAAGUCCAAGAAGGACGAGACAUCAACGCCGGACUCACUUGAAAUAGCUGGUCUGUAUUAACAGUUCGGUCGAUGUUUCCGUAAAAGAGAAGAAGCACAAGAAAAAGAAGCGCAAGGCGGAGGAGAGUGAUGAAACUUCAGCUGCAGCCGACUCUAAUGGUGCAGAGUCGUCGAGAAGAGAGAAGAAAAAGAAGUCCAAGAAGGACAAUGCCGCUGCCUCAACACCUACAGAGCAGUCUGUAGCUGAGGGUGCCAUGAACGCCGACGAGCCAGAACAAUUGUUGUCAGAAGGCUCGCCAGAGAAGAAGCGGAAGAGGGAGCAAGAAGAACAGGCAGCGCCAUUGACGGAUGGGAAGAAAAAGAAGAAACGCAAGACUGAGGAGGCCUCCGAAACCAUCCAAGCAGAGCCCUCAUCGUCAAAGAAGGACAAGAAGGACAAGAACAAAAAGCACAAAAAGGACAAGGCUUCCUCAUCUGAAUCCGCAACCGCAACACCUGCCGAAGCCAGCUCUUCCAUCACUCCUACAGUUGCUACUCCUUCACCAUCUGACGACGUUUCUGCCUUCCUCACCAAAAAUGCUAUCACGAUACAUAGCGAAACCCCGAUUACACCUGUACUCUCGUUCUCGCAACUUUCAAUACCUGAUGCUCUACAAUCCGCGUUCGUUGGAUUCAAGGAACCUACGCCGAUCCAAUCAUGUGCUUGGCCACCUGCGCUUGAAGGGAGGGAUGUGGUCGGUAUAGCUGAAACUGGCAGUGGUAAGACGCUUGCGUUUGGUCUUCCAGGUCUAGCACGCAUCGUUUCAACGACAUACAAGCAUACGAAACCCGUUGCGCUCAUCCUCGCUCCUACACGAGAACUCGCCAUCCAAACACAUGACACCCUAGACGGCCUCGGGGAGUCAUUUGGUAUCCGCAGUGUCGCGCUCUUCGGUGGUGUCGAUAAAGCCGGUCAAAUUCAGCUGUUGCGAAACGACAAGAAGAAAGGCGGUAAAAAUCCCAAGGGCCUAACCACUCGUGUUAUCGUCGGUACACCCGGCCGUAUCCUCGAUCUCGUAAACGAUGGUAUUUGCGAUCUCAGCGAGGUUCAUUACCUGGUGUUGGACGAAGCAGACCGUAUGUUGGAUAAGGGAUUUGAAAACGAUAUUCGCUCCAUUAUUAGUCAUACGAAGCAGGGGGACGAGAGGCAGACAUUGAUGUUCAGUGCAACAUGGCCUGAUGCUGUGAGGCGGCUUGCGGCGACUUUCCAGAGGGAUCCUGUGAGAGUCACCGUUGGAAGCGAUGACUUAACUGCGAAUAGCCGGGUGGAACAGGUGGUGGAAGUAUUUGAUGAUCAGAGGUCCAAAGAUUCUCGAGUUGUUGGCCACCUGACCAAGCUCCUUCCAAAGAAGGCUCAGAUUGCGUCUGUAGAUACCAGGCGAAUCCUUGUGUUUGCGCUCUACAAGAAGGAGGCUCAGCGAGUGGAGCAGAUGUUACGCUACAAGGCCUUUAGCGUCGGAGGUCUGCAUGGAGAUAUGUCACAGAACGCCCGAAUGGACGCGUUGCAGAAGUUCAAGAAUGGUGAAACGCCGGUGUUGGUAGCGACGGACGUUGCUGCUCGGGGUCUUGAUAUCCCCAAUGUUGCUGCCGUUAUCAACUACACGUUCCCUCUCACCAUCGAAGACUACAUCCACCGUAUCGGUCGAACAGGCCGAGGAGGGAAAAGUGGCAAGUCGAUUACAUUCUUCACGGGUGAUGGGCACGAGCGUGCUCUUGCCGGAGAGCUUGCGCGAGUACUCCGAGAGAGCGGCUUUGAGUGCGAGGACCUGAAGAAAUUCCCGAUGACGAUCAAAAAGAAAACACACGGUGCCUAUGGUGCUUUCUUCCGAGAUGAUAUUCCCGCCCCGAAGGGUCCGACGAAGAUUACUUUUUAACGACUCGGGCUCAGUAGUAGUGAUCUGUGUACUUAGAUCUAGACAUAGAAUGUAUAUUGCAUUCACUUGGCUUUUACUCUGUGUUUUUGUACCAUCCGGAAGACAUGACUGAGUU